AUAUUGUGUGGAAUUUGAAGUCUUAAGAAGCUCCAAGGCCUGCCAUAAACUGCCGCCCUAUAAUCUCCUGAUCGAAGGUGAUCGCAUUGUGGUACGCUGUGACAUGGAGGCCUAUAUACCCGAUUUUAUGCCAAUGGAUGAAAUGGUAAAUACAACCAGCACCACCAGCACCUCCAAACACAACAACAAUCCCUCAGAGGAAACGGAUAUGGAUGCUGACAGUGAUGAAAAUAUGAUUGAAGAUACGAGCAGUAGCAGCAGUAACAGUGAUGAGGAACAUGAUGAAUAUGAUACCGCAUCGUUGACCCAAAAAUCAUCGGCCAGUAGCAAUGCCAGUCCAUCUACCAGCACCACCAUCACCCACAGCAGCAGCAGCGCAUCGACAACAACGACAACCCUUUCACCCUAUCCACCAUUGCAAAUACGACAAUUCCAUUGUCGUGGUGAGGGUCUGCCGGGACGUACAACACGAUGGAGUGCCUUGGCAGCACCCUCAUGCCGUGGCAAAUGGCUAAGAUUGACACUCGACACACCCAAGAAAUGUACACAUCCCCAGUUUGCAUUUGUUUAAA